AUGUUGGGCGAGGCCGUCUUGGGCGUGCUGCUGCUGUGGACCGGGGUUAAGGUCGGCGCGCUGACGUACGCGUACGUGAGGUACGGCAACUGCGGGGACGCGAACGCCGCGAAACCCGAGGAGAACGUGGAGACGACGUCCGUGGGAGGGGAGGCGCUUAAGAGCGCGGCGACGGAAGGCUCCGAGGGGUUGAAGAAGCGGACCAACGCCGUGAAGGAGGCGGGCGCGGAGGAGGGCGACGCGACGCGGUGA